CUGUAACCGCGACGCGUUCUUAUACUUCAUUUCUCUUUGAUAUUCGACAUUGACAGAACAUUCACACCGCAAUCAAUUCUGAAAAAUGCUGAUCGGACUCUGCGGAGGCAUAUGUGCCGGCAAACGGACAGUUGCCAACUACCUCGUCCAACAUCACGGAUUCACACAUCUUUACCUGCGACAAGACACAGAAAAUGCGGAUAUCCUGAAAGCACUAACUAUCAACGGACAUACCAAGCAAAACUCUGAUGUAUCUUCGAGAACCCUACCAGAUCAGCCGACAGCAAUUGAGGACCAAAGCACAUUUCGAAAUUCGGAAGAGCUGCUAGACUUUGUAACAAAGCGAUGGCGUGAACGAUGGGUCACAACUGAUAUCCACACCGAAUCAAUUCUCGACAAGCUUCUGCGGCGGCCGUUCUUCAUCCUGGUCAGCAUUGAUGCCCCGGUCAGUAUCAGAUGGAAACGUUUCCAAGAACGACUACAACGGACACAUUCCUCGUCUGAAAGUCUCACUCUUGAAGAAUUCCUCCUCAAAUCCGACGAACAUCUGUACAAUCCAAACUCGGGCCUAUUACCUCUAAUUUCUCGGGCUACCGUUCGGCUGCUCAAUACUUCUUCAGAUCUUGCACAUCUGUAUGCGACGUUGGGCAAAUUGGACUUGACGAAUGAAGAUAGGCUACGACCGAGCUGGGACCAAUACUUUAUGCAACUGGCAUCGCUUGCGGCACACAGAAGUAACUGCAUGAAGCGAAGGGUGGGUUGUGUGCUUGUCCGGGAGAAGCGUGUGAUCAGCACUGGAUACAAUGGAACACCACGAGGGCUGAAGAAUUGCGGAGAGGGUGGUUGUCCAAGAUGCAACGAAGGCCAAGGAUCUGGCGUUGGACUCGGCACAUGUCUGUGUAUUCAUGCCGAAGAGAAUGCUCUUUUAGAGGCUGGCCGCGAGCGGAUCAGAGAGGGUGCGAUUCUGUACUGUGAUACCUGUCCCUGCUUGACGUGCAGUAUCAAAAUCGCCCAAGUAGGGAUCAGUGAGGUAGUCUAUAGCCAAGGUUAUAGCAUGGAUACUGAGACUGCUGCUGUGUUCAAGGAAGCGGGCGUUCACCUCCGGCAAUUCGUCCCUCCGCCAAAUGGCAUGAUCCAUCUAGAGAAGCAAAGCUUGUAUUAGUCAGCACACACAAUGAUACCCAUGAAGGUCUUCAGCCUCAGAUCCCGUAUUCCAAGUGUCAAUGGACCGUUGUCUUGUUCGCAUAAGAUCACGUAUUC